AUGAAUGCAUAUGAUGUUGGAUUAUGUGUUGAUAAAGAACUUACUGAUGAGGAAAAAUUUAAUUUUUGUAAAAAUGCAUGGAGUCCCGUGGCAGGUUAUAAGUUUCCAGUUAUAAAACAAGGAAAUCAAAACCGAAGCUUUCAAUUAGAUUGGUUGAGGCGCUAUCACUGGUUGGCUUAUAGUGAACUAAAAGAAGGUGGCUUUUGCAAAUGUUGUGUGCUUUUUGCCCCAAUAGGUGGUGGUAGAGGAUGUCAGGUUUUAAAGAUGUUUGUUAAAGAACCUUUUAAUAAUUAUAAAAAAGCACCUGAACUUUUGAAACAUCAUGCAACAACUCAAUAUCAUUUAUUAGCUUCUGAAAAGAGUUCUGCGUUUAUACAAAAUUAUAAAACCGGUGGAUCAGUUGAAGUAAUGCUCAGUAACAAAGUAUCAUCAAUCAUGGAAAAUAAUAGAAAACGACUUGUACCAAUAAUAAAAACUAUUAUUUUUUGUGGACAUAAUAAUCUUCCGUUAAGAGGUCAUAGAGAUGAUGGUUUAUUGGAUAUUGAUUCAGCCUUAGUAGGAAAUCAAGGCAUUUUUAGAAGUCUUUUAGCAUUCAGAAUUGAUUCAGGAGAUAAAGAGCUAAUCACAUAA